AUGUCUAGAGCUGCUAGUGCAUCAAAAUCCGGACCGAUGACAGCACAACCUGCUUCAACUAACAAAACACGAAUUCAUGUUAUCUAUUAUUCAAUGUACGGUCAUAUUGCAACAAUGGCCAAAUCCAUUGUUAAAGGCGUCGAAGCAGCUGGUGCUGAAGUUCGUCUAAUCCAAAUACCUGAAACAUUAUCACAAGAUGUUUUAACGAAAAUGCAUGCACCAGAAAAAGAUAAAAGUGUACCAACAAUAACAUUUGGUGAAGCUGGUGAAAAUACUGUAGGAUUUGAAGAUGCAUUAACGAAUUGUGAUGGUAUUUUAAUGGGUAUUCCAACUCGUUUUGGUGGUAUGCCAGCUCAAGUUAAAGCUUUAUGGGAUGCUACCGGUGGAUUAUGGAUGAAAGGUGCACUGGUGGGUAAACCAAUUAGUGUAUUCUUUUCAUCUGGUACACAAGGUGGCGGACAAGAAACAACAACAUUAACAUCAUUAACAAAUUUUAUUCAUCAUGGUAUGGUUAUUGUACCAGUCGGUUAUUCAUGUCCACUUCAAACAAAUAUGAGUGAAAUUCAUGGUGGUAGUGCAUACGGUGCUGGUACCUAUGCUGGUGUUGAUGGAUCACGUCAACCAACUCAACUUGAAUUACAAAUAGCUGAACAUCAAGGAACAUAUUUUACACAAGUAGCAACUGCAUUAAAGAUUGGUCGAGCUGCAUUACCAGCAAAAGAUGCUCAUCCACCUGAUCCAAAACAAGGCGAUGUGCAACCAAAUGUUGAACGACCACCAUCAGCUAAAAAAUAA